UGAGAUGGGAUUGAAAGCUAAGAUUUUGUGGUCCAGAGCUAAGCUCCAGACCUGGUCUCCUGAAAAAGAGGGCCUGUCAUAUGCUGAUUUUUCUGGGAUACUGCACUGGAAAUUGAGGCAGCACCUAUUGGUGGGGACACACACACACACACACACACACACACACACACACUGCUUGACAUCAGAAGACCCGAAGAUUGGAAGGAACCCAACUCAACUAGAAUCUUUCUCUGCAGGACCAGACAAUACACAAUCUGCAACAUGUCCUCCAUGUUUGAGAAUAUUACUAAGAAUUUGGUCAAAGAGCUCGGAGACAAAGACCUGACACCUGUGAAACACCUGCUGGAAGCCAACAAAUUCCGUCAGUUUGCAAUUUUACGGAAGAAAAAGAAGACUCUUUCACAGUUCUGGGAACUACCUGAUAUUCCAGAAGACUAUACCCUCAUGGACAUCCUGGAGCCAAGUUCUUCAGUCCCAGAAACUGUUAUCAAGGGACCAUUUAUCUUCAGUGACACCAUGUUCCGGAAGUACAAGGCUUCUGCAGGUGUGACUGCCAUGCUAGAAACGAAUGUGUCAGGGGAAGCUACUAAGUGCCAUGAAACCUUCCUCCAGUUUCACGCUGUUACCUUCCCACCCCAAAACUGGAAAGACCUUCUAAAGAGGAAAGUGUUGGAUCAGGAGCUGCUGUUUCUGAGGAAGUGCCGGGGCAGAGAUGACAAUCUCUAUGUGGUGACAGAGGCCGUGGAACUGAUCAACAGCACUGUGCUGCAUGACAGCAGCAGUGUGAACGUUUUGGGAAAAUGCUUUAUCCCUUGGAUGACUUCUGUCAAGGGUCAAGGCCAGGGAGAGGGUCUCAAAGUGAGAGAGAAGAUGUUGACUCUGCCAGAGGGCACCGUGAUCGCCUAUAAGAAGAAGCAGCUGAUUUUCGAGAACAAUGGCUGGGAUAUCCUCAUCUCAGAUGAUGACACACAGAAAACCUUUCCAGAAGAGAGAAUGCUACGAACGAUGGAGACAUCAAUUGCUGUGAACAAUGGUCCCCUGUACCCAAUGAGUUUAUCUGAUGUAAGGAAGCCUCUGGAUCUUGUGCUGCACUCACCUGGAAGAAUACAGAGAGUCCUUUGGCAAGAUUUCAAGCAACUACAUGAGGAGAUUUUCCAGGAAAUGGAGGCCUUGGCCCAGCUCUCAAAGGACACUCAGGAUUCUAUAUUCCAUACUAUCCUGAACAUGCUUGGCAACCGAGAGGUUCUGCAGGACCUCACGGACACGCUGGAUGGGAGCCCCUUAGAUCUUUUGGAUGACUUUGGGGGCACAAUCCUAAAUGAGAUGCAACCGGACACAAGAGACCUAUGGAUCCAGGCAAGAUUCCACAUCAUCUACCUCCUUGAAGCCAUAAUGGUGUUGAGUGACACCCAACAUGAUCUGCUGGCCCAGUCCAUGGAAAAGAGGAUCCUGCUCCAGCAGCAGAAGCUGGUAAGGAGCAUCCUGGAGCCCAACUUCAAAUACUGCUGGGACAUCCCCUUUACCCUCAAACCCGAGCUCCUUGCCCCACUCCAGGGUGAGGAUUUGGCCAUCACCUAUGGCCUCCUGGAGGAGUGUGGGCUGAAAAUGGAACUGAAUAGCCCCAGGUCAACCUGGGAUCUGGAAACCAAGCAGCCCCUGUCUGCCCUGUAUGGGACCCUGUCGUUGCUGCAGCAGCUGGCAGGCAGUCCAGAGAGGCCUGGCCCCACUCCAGUCUAUGCUGAGAGUGUCCCUGAUGAGCUCAGGGGGGGUCUAGGGCCACCACGUCUGCCGUUCUAGGCAGGAUGGAGCCAGCGAUCGGUGGAAACUUGAGAGAAUGUUCUGAGGUGAUAGAAAUAUCUGUAUCUUGAUAAAGUUUUAUGCAAUUGUCAAAACUCAUCGAAUAGUAUCUAAAGAUGCGAGCCUGGGUGGUUCAUUGGAUGAGCAUCCGACCUUAGCUCAGGUCAUGAUUUCACAGUUUGUGAGUUUAAGCCCUGCUAUGGGCUCUGUGCUGUCAGAGCC